UUCCGAGAGAACCCUACCAUGAUUCUGGGACCGGAUGAGCUUAACACACUAAGGACUCAGCUGGCUCACGUCCGCCUCUUCAUCAUCGACGAGGUGUCCAUGGUAGGCCGAGAGACAUUCGCCCAGAUCGACUCCCGUCUUCGGCAGAUUUUCAACAGUCAAGAGCCGUUUGGAGGCAGAUCUGUGAUCACCUUUGGUGACCUUAAUCAGCUCCGACCAGUUAAAGACGCUUGGAUAUUCGACCCACCCAGAGAUGAUAUUGGUGUCCUCGCAGGUUCAAGUCUCUGGCACCGAUUUAAGUUCUACAGGCUCACUCAGAUCAUGCGACAGCAAGAGGACACCCAGUAUGCGGAGGCAUUAAACCGCAUUCCUACCGGGGAAACAACGAUUCAGGACGACGAAAUGUUUCGGUCCCGCGAGAUUUCAAGGCUUGCGCAGCAGGGCAUUUACCCUCCCAGUGACGCUUUUGUCAUUGUAGAAACCAAUGCCCAAGUAGACAACUUUAACGCAGAUUUUCUGCGAACCCUGGACACGGAGUCCUGCCAAAGUCCAAGUAUGGACAUAUGCUUGGGCGAGGGCUCGGCGCGGGCUAGGCAGCGUGAGUUGGAGAGAGUCCAGGACUGGCCCAUCAGCAAGACGCAGGGUCUGCCCCGAAACCUGGAAGGAAGGGUUUCGGCGCCAUACAUGGUCACCGUCAACCUGGCGACGCCUGACGGCCUAACCAACGGGUCCUGCGGAACGUUGCGGCACAUUCAGUGGGGCCGCACUGGUGACGGUCAGCGCAUUCCUAUUCGCCUGUACAUUGAGUUCUCUGAUGAGUCUGUUGGUAGGCAAACGCGGGCCGACAACAGUGCCGUUAUGGCCAGGGAUGGCGUGGAUGCCAGGCUGACGCCAAUUGAGCGCGUGUCGAGAUCCUUCGUUGCACGGUUAGGUUCUCUUUUCAAGAUUGUAAGGAAACAGUUCCCACUGGUGGUGUGCAAGGCCUUGACUGUUUGGAAGUGUCAGGGAAGCACCAUGCGGGCUGUUGUUGUGGUUAUGAGGGAGGAGCGGCGGAUGGAGCGACGCCCGUUCUACGUGGGAACGAGCCGUGCCACCGCUCUGCAGGGUCUCUUCAUUCAGGGGACGUACCGACGGCCUGCACCACCUGGCCCAAACGACUCAGUCCUGAUUGAGAUCCAGCGGCUGGAGCUUCCAGAGAAUGCGGUUCAGUUUAGCAUCGAAUUUCCUGAACUCCAUAUAAACGCCGACGGCUUGGUCGCGUUGUUUCAUAACAUUGUGUCACUUUACAAGCACCACAGCCACGUUGUGCAGGACCUCAGCUAUACCAGAUCAGACAUCAUAAUGCUGUGCGAGACUAGAACAAUGCCUCUGGACGACAUCUCUAUUCCUGGAUUCGAACUGCUGCAUCGCAGGGACUGUAUCAGGGCCACGCGCCACCCUUUUGGAACGACGCUGUACGUCAGGCAUGGGCUCACCGGGCGUGUAGAAGUUAUUUUUCAUGAGCCAAGUGUGACCGUUUGGCGUGAUGGUCACUUACACUCCUUCGUCGAUGUUGUCGGCCUCUUGGUGUCCGGUCAAAGGACGGCGGGGAUCGUGUUUCUGCACCGGUCCCCGCUGAGUACUAUGUCAAACUUCAGGCAGCAUUUCGGGGCUUGUAUGCAGACUCUCCAGGAGCGAGGGGUGCAGGCGAUAACAGUAGUUGGCGAUUUCAACAUCAACCUGCAGGAUGCGACGGCUGCUUCUCCCUUGCUGGGAUACAUGAGUGAUUUUGGGCUGCAGAUCAUGGUCAAUGAAACUGAAGUGUCCACAGACAACGGAACACUCAUUGAUCUCUGCUUUAGUAAUGAUUCAUCAGCUCAAUCUUAUAUCACUGAGUCUGUAAUAAGCGAUCACAAGCCUAUAUGGUUCAAGCUUGACCGGCUGUAGUUUGUGCAUGUCUGCAGUUGUGUGUAUGAUAGUACCGAUUCACACCUUUUCUUGCCGUGGAAAAUUUGUGUCUAUUUCAUUCUGUACUGCCCAAAUUUUUGUUGUACAAUAUAUAUAAAACUCGUGUGCAUAUGGUGCUUUCACGUUUUGUUAGCACUUUUUGUUAAACUUUUCAGUAUUUUAUUGUGUAGUGUUUAGUGUUUGAACACUUGAUUUAUCAGUGUAAAUGAUUUUAUAGUAUUGUAUGAAGAGUUGUUGUCUUAGUUGCUAACUUUUUUUGACAAUUUGAUCCUACCUUGAACAACAUAAUUUAUUUUGAUUUUAGAUUUAACUAAUUUAUAGGCUUUCUAAAUGAAAAGUUCUAGAGCUGCAACGUUAUUUAUGCUUUGAAAAUGCUUGUGAUAAACGCUUUGCUAAAAAUUUAAAAUAUAUAGACUUCUAUAAACAUG